AUUGUUUAAAAAAAAAAUGUUUUAAAUAAUUUAUAAAAUGCGGAACAAUUUCGAAAUUACGAUAAGUAGGUGAGUUCGUUCUUACAAAACUGACCUACCUUUUAUCCCAGGAAGAAUAAAAAGCAGUUCUUGUUAUCUGAAAUAAUAAACAUCCCCAGCCCCACUUCCCGUUUCCAUAGCAAUAGUAAAAAACAAAGUUUGUUUAUUUGCGUUUUCGGAAAAGUGCAACGUGUCAUAGUUUCCGAGUUUUCAAAAAAAUUAUUUUAACAGUUUUUCUCAAUGGAAACCGGUGAGGAAAUGUUCGCUAAGCGAUACACCAACAAGGAACAAGCAUGCGAAGACCUAACCAGAACCAACAUCGUCAUAAAUGUACGUUCUCAGCCGAAAAAAGAACUGUACCACUUGCUACAACCAUAUCCGAAAGUCGGUUGUAACCAGAAACCAUGCGACGAACCCAUUGAUUUGACCCAGAAUGCCAAACGAACCAUCAAGACAGAAAAACCAGAUACACCAACGAAAAUUUAUAUUAAAUCACGAGGACGCCGUUCGAGGAUAUACACUCAUAAUAACGUUCCCGACCAGAACCAGCUUCAAGGGUUCUUCACGGAUAUUAUAGAACUGCAAGCGACUGAAACCAAACAAGCUGAAAUUCUCAAAGCUGCCAAAUCGCUAUUUUCGAAGAGGACCAGAACUCUGUACCAUUGGAUGUACCCAAAUACACCUAAACAACAAAUUAAGAUGGCCGUUGCAAACUCUUGGGAUAAUUUAGGGGUGCAGGAAAAGCAGUUUUACAUAUCCCAAGUGUUGGUCAGAUUUGGAUUUCCACAAUGCAACUUGAUGGUAAAUCCCCAAUUAGGUGGGAUUAAAGAAUUACCUCCUUUGCCUGAUUCUAUGGAUGGCAAUAAUUACUCAGCUAAGGAACUACAAACUGCGAUUUCCAGUAUUUCAAAUUCGGAAGCAAGCACGUCAAAUAGUGAAAAAAGGCGUCAAGGGAGGCCUCCUGGAAGCAAAAAUAAGAAGAACAAGAACGAAUUGCUUACAUAUAAACUCACCAAAGACUUUCAGGAUGAUCCUGAAUUGAGCAAAGAACUGGAAAAGUUUGCAGUUUCUUUCGACUGUUUCAAAUAAAUAAUAAUUUCAUGUUACUUCUAUGUUUAAGCCAAUUUGUUCGUGUUUUUUGUAUUUUUGAUAAAUAAAAGUCGAAUUAUGUUUUACAAAA